AUGGAAACACCACUGCCACCCCGUAUGUCUGGUGGAUACGUGCAACACGAUGGCAAAGAAUACAAGGCAGUAAAAGAAGGAUUAGCCUAUAUCCUGAGCCCACCUACGCAGUCUGCAGCAUCAGAGGAAACGAAGACAGAUCCCACAACGUGCGAGGCAACUCAGUCUGUGUUUUAUAAUCCGAUACAACAAUUUAAUCGUGACCUAAGUGUGCUUGCAAUCAAGGCCUAUGGCGAACAUCUGCUGUCUUUAAAGAAGCAGAAAGCUGCCAAUAGAGCGCGGAAGAGCGCGGAAGCCAUAUUAACAAAAGGUACAAAGCGAAAGAGGGACGAGUUAUAUGGAGAAGUGCAGGACAGUAAAAGUGAAAAUGAUGAGAGAUUGGUGCCAAGUCCCAAUCAGUUGGAUUCGCGGGCGUAUAUGGAGCAGAACAAUUCGCCAUCAUUCACUAUUCUAGAUGCGCUUUCAGCUACUGGUUUACGGGCGUUACGAUAUGCUUCAGAAAUUCCAUUUACGACUCGUAUUGUUGCGAACGAUUUAUCGCCCUCUGCUGUUCAGUCGAUGAAGAUGAAUAUUGAGUACAACGGGCUUGGGAAAUUAAUUGAACCCAAUAUUGGCGACGCACGGGCUUAUAUGUACAGUCGCUCAAACAUGCACAGAGCCCAGAGCAUCGGAAAUUCUUCUAGUAGGUUUGAUGUCAUUGAUCUAGACCCUUAUGGCUCCGCAGCGCCAUUUAUGGAUGCUGCACUGCAAGGAGUGAAGGAUGGAGGUCUGCUCUGCGUAACCUGUACUGAUGCUGGUGUAUGGGCAUCAAAUGGGUACCCCGAAAAGUCAUUUGCGUUAUACGGCGGUGUCCCAAUCAAAGGCUCACAUUCUCAUGAGGGUGGAUUGCGUCUGAUUUUACACGGUCUUGCGAUGUCUGCAACCAAAUAUGGACUUGCAAUUGAGCCACUUUUGUCUUUAUCAAUUGACUUUUAUGCUCGAGUGUUUGUUCGUGUUCAUCGAUCACCGGCUGAGGUCAAGUUUGUUUCGGGUAACACAAUGAUGGUUUAUAACUGUGAUUCAGGAUGCGGGGCUUGGUCAACGCAGCCUCUAACUCAGACGAAGCAGAGGCUUGACAGGAAGGGGACACCCUUUUAUCACUAUGGGUUCGCUCAAGGUCCAGUUGCAGGGACGCAAUGUGAGCAAUGCGGAUUCAGGACUCACAUAGGUGGUCCAAUGUGGGCAGGGCCUUUACAUAAUCCCCAAUUUAUCCAAAAAAUUCUCGACAUGCUCCCCGAAGUAAACAAGGAUACCUAUCAGACUGCUGACAGGAUAGAAGGCAUGUUGAUCACAGCACUCGAGGAAGACCUAUAUAUCAACGAUUCUGCCACACUCCAGACUCCAGUGUCUGCCGACAUAGAGGGCAGUAACUCUUCUCCAAGUAAAUGUUCAGCUAUUAUUCCACGAAUGAAUCCGGCACAACGAGAACCACAUCCUUUCUAUUUCAGCCUCAGUUCUUUGUCCAAAGUUCUUCGCACGUCGACUGUUCCGUAUGAUACAUUCUGCGGAGCUCUCCGACAUAUUGGCUAUCGGACCGCCCGUAGCCAUGCAAAGCCCAACACAGUGCGUACCAAUGCUCCUUGGAGCGUGAUCUGGGAAGUUAUGAGAGAAUGGGUGCGGCAAAAGUCCCCAAUAAGAGAAGGUGCCUUAAAGGCGGGAACUGCUGGCGCCACCAUCAUGGCUAAGAGUCGAAAACAGUCGCGGGAAUCCAAUGGAGGAAACCAGCUGUUAGAGGUUCUGAGGAAUGAAAUUAAGUCUGCAGUCGAGAGUGGAGAUAAUGUUUCUGAUGUGGUCACCAAAGUGGAAGCAGCAUUAUAUCGCUCGAGGGCCCGGCCGUCACAUGAGAGUUCUGAGACAAAUCGAGAUUUGGGCGUUCCAAACUCACAGGAAAGCACACUGGAGAUUAUUUUUGAUGAGGCUUUAGGUAGAGAAGCAUCCAGUAAAAGGCGACUUGUGAGGUACCAGACCAAUCCUCGAGCGAAUUGGGGCCCCCUGAACCGAGCAUCUGGUGGAGGAUGA